CUCACUUUCCAUUGCACAUCGAAUACAUACAUAUAUAUAUAUAUGCUAUAUAUAUAUACACACACCACCAUAAGUUAGUGCACUCAAAUCAUCAGCACUCAAAACCCCACUUCAUCUUCUACUUCAAAAUUCCCACUUUCCAAUAUAUAUGUCCCAAUAAAACAGCAGUAGUGGUAGAGGAGUUUAAGAGAUGUCUGCAGUGAGACAAUACUCAGAUCAAAUGAUGAUUCCGAUUCCCAAUUCAAUAAUUCUGCCAAGAAGCAGCAGCUGCAAUAGCACCACUAAAAUCAUUCCGCCCAACUACGCCAGCUCUACGGCGUCGUUUCGUUCCCCUCAAGAUCAAUAUCCGCCGGAGGACGACCACUUCCGCCGCCGCCGCCGCUCCAUCGUCCCCAGCAGCGCCGCCAAAGAUCGGAUUAACGGUACAUUCUCCAAUUUCCUUCGAUCGAUCCUCUCCAUCUUCACUUUUCCUUCCAUUCUCCCCGCCUGCCGGUGGCUCGGCAUUAAUCCGGCGACGGCGCAGCUUUCUAUCGGCGGCGGCGGCCGCUCCCUCGGCCGGAAAGUCACCGGCACUUUGUUCGGCCACCGCCGCGGCCAUGUUAGCUUCGCCGUGCAGGAUGACCCGAGAUCCCCGCCGGUUUUCGUGAUCGAGCUGGCGGUGUCGACGGCGGCGCUGGUGAAGGAGAUGUCGUCCGGGCUGGUGAGGAUAGCCCUGGAGUGCGAAAAGCCGGCGCCGCCGGGUCGCGGCGGAAGGGCGGCGGCGGCGGCGGUGAGGUUGUUCGGGGAGCCGGUUUGGUCGAUGUACUGCAACGGCAGGAAGUGCGGGUACGCGCUGGCGAGAGCGUGCACCGGAUCGGACUGGCACGUGCUGAGCACGUGCCAGAGCGUGUCCGUCGGGGCGGGGGUGAUUCCGGUGGUGGACGACGGAGGGAAGGGCGGCGCGUGGGAGGGUGAGUUGCUUUAUAUGAGGGCCCGAUUCGAGCGAGUCGUGGGGAAUCGUGACUCGGAAGCUUUCUAUAUGCUCAACCCGGACGGCAAUGGCGGACCCGACCUCAGUAUUUUCUUGCUUAGAAUUUAAUUAAUAUAUUUUUAUUUUUUAUUUUUUAUUUUUAUUAAAGGUAGAAAAGUGAAUAUUUUAUUAUGUUGCUUUUGGUUUUAUAUUUGUUGAUUAAGCUUAGUGGCUUGUGAAUGAUCGAUCAUUUCAACUUUUGUAUUUUUUUUGGUAGAUGGUUAAUGCAAUUUGAAUUUUUCG